GUGCGCCUGUCGUUGACUCCGCUUCCCGUGUCCGGUGCGGUUCGUACGUCGUCAGCAGUCAACAUUGUGUGGACGUGAUUGUUGUCGUCUUCUUUUUUUAUUUUGUUUCUUUUUGGAUCGUUUCAAUUUUGCUGCAAUGAAUACAGUCCUGUCCCGAGCAAAUUCGCUCUUUGCCUUUUCCCUCAGUGUCAUGGCAUUUCUGACUUUUGGAUGUUUUAUUACCACCGCCUUCAAAGACAGAAGCGUCCCGGUCAACAUUCACGUCUCCCGGGUCAUGCUAAAAAAUGUUGACGACUUCACUGGACCAAGGGAGAGAAGCGACUUGGGUUUUGUCACCUUUGACAUCACAGCUGAUCUCAAUCCCAUAUUUGACUGGAAUGUCAAGCAGCUUUUCCUGUAUUUAUCAGCUGAAUAUGCAACUAAAAACAAUGCGCUGAAUCAGGUGGUCCUUUGGGACAAAAUCAUUUUACGAGGAGAAAACACAAAUCUUUCUUUAAAGGAUAUGAAGUCAAAAUAUUUCUUUUUUGAUGACGGCAGUGGACUGCGGGGUAACAAGAACAUCACGCUAACGCUCUCAUGGAAUGUUGUGCCAAACGCCGGAAUCCUACCUCUCGUCACAGGCUCAGGGCGCAUGUCUGUCCCGUUUCCAGACUCUUACGAGAUGUCAAAAAACUAUUAAAUUCUGGACUUGCAGGUUUGGCCAACUUUUACAGUUUGGAGAUCAGAGGCGAUGCACCAUAGAAACUGAGAAACAGAGGCCUACUUUUUAUACGUAAACUCCAAAUGUUGGGAAGGAAAAAAUGAACCCGCAGUCUAAUUUAGAAGAAUCCCGCUUUGCUUCCUUAUGGUGCUGACGUCCUCGACUUGGGAGGCGCUGUGAAGUGACGGUUGUACCUACCGCUUAUCAUGAAUAAAUGAUUGUACGAGA